UUAUUAAGGGACAUCGGUGCUCCGGUUACCCAGAGAGGAGAGCCUUCUUGGGAGACAUCACCGACCGACCAAAUCCCAUAUUGUGGCUCCAGCUUUUUAAAUCAGAGAGAUGGAUACGGGGGCACUUUUCAAAUGAGAAAUGCAAGUUGGAAGAAAGGAAACGGAGAGCGCUUUAGGAAGGCGAUGCUUCUAUUGACAGAUAAAGGCAUUAAUUGAUGAGCUGAGAAGAAAUCCAUGUCCAUUGGAGGAAGUAAGAAACAAUUUUGAUUGCUGUGGCUGUAGUGACUGUAUAAGAAUGAAAAAGGAACGUAUGUGUGACAGUGGAAGAAGCCAGUCAACAUUUGGAGAAGGCAGCAUGACCUACACCAAGGAACAGUUACUUGGAGUUCAAAGAAUAAAGGAGAGUAAGAAUUACUAUGAAAUUCUAGGCGUAGGAAGAGAUGCGAAAGAUGAAGAACUAAAGAAAGCUUACCGAAAACUUGCUCUUAAAUUUCAUCCUGACAAGAAUUGUGCUCCAGGAGCAACAGAUGCAUUCAAAGCAAUAGGCACAGCUUUUGCAGUUUUGAGCAACCCUGAAAAGAGAUUACAGUAUGAUCAGUUUGGAGAAAGGGAAGAUACUUUUUAUACCAAUGUGCCCAACCACUAUAACUAUUACAGAGAAUUUGAAGCAGAUAUAACGCCAGAAGAAAUAUUUAAUAUGUUUUUCGGAGGGAAUUUCCCAACAGGAAAUAUACAUAUGUUUUCCAAUUCUUCAAUGGACCCCCCAUGUUAUCCACAGCGGAACAGACAUGAGAGGACAUGGGUCCAGGAUGAACAGGAGGAAGAAAUUAGACCACAGAAUACCUACUCAGCAUUUAUCCAGUUACUGCCAGUCUUUAUUAUAAUAGUUGUAUCAAUAGUAACUCAGCUGAUGGCUACUAAUCCACCCUACAGCCUCUUCUUUAAAUCGUCUCUAGGGCACACUAUUGUUAGAGAAACACAAAACCUGCAGGUGCCUUAUUACGUGGAUAAGCACUUUGAAAAUAAUUAUCAUGGAGAAGAACUUGAAGAACUUGAAAAACAUAUCGAGAAAGAUUAUAUUGAUCAUGUCCAAACUAGUUGCAGGAAAGAAAAACAACAAAAAUCAGAGUUAUCUAACUUGGCCAAGCUAUACCGAGAUGAGCGACUGAAACAGAAAGCCGAAUCCAUAAAACUUGAGAACUGUGAAAAGCUCUCCAACCUCAUAGGGAUUCAAAGGAGUCGCCAAUUGGCUGAGGCAUGAGAGAACAACACUGUCUAUUCUGUUGGCAGGAAUUAGACUCUCUUUUAUAAUGAAGAGGAAAGGCGUAGAGAGAGAAAAGCAUCCCAUACAAACCACACACGGAAUCAUCAUGUUCAUGGAAACUGUAUACAGUAUGGACUGAGACAUAGAGGCAGCACUUGCUGUAGUAUAUACAGUACAUUUCGUUUCAGAGUCCAGUAAUUAUUUCAGUGUUAGUGAUUCUUCAUUUACCUUCAUUUUGUUAUAGUCUUCAUGUUGAUACUUUGCCACUGUUUAAGUGCCAACUGGGUGCUUUGCAGGAUCAUAGCCAUCAUGCUUACUGAGCCUAUGGUUUCUCAACUUUUACCUUGUAAGACAUCAUAGUUAGAAGAGAAAAAGAUGGCAUUAGUCUUUCAUUUAUGUAUGUAUAGAUACAUGCACAGGCAGUGCAUACAGAUACAUGCACAGACAUAUAUGCUGUACAAAACACGUGCAGUUCAGUUUCAAGAGAACUUUACAGACCAGCAUCUUAAGGAUAUAUACCGUGUUAUGUUGCAAUACAUAAAGCACUUGGAAAAGCUAAA